AUACCAUAACAGGUAAAGAAGGUAAAGUCAGGGUCGCAAAAUCGCCUAAACGUAAACGGACGAGCAGGCGAACGUGCCGCUCAGUGUUGUUGUUAUGGUGGGAAAGAGAAGACUUGCGCAGCAAGCAUAUAUUGUUGGUCAAAAUGGUGUUAACAGAUCGUUCCGUGAGCGAAUCCUCGGAUGAUAUAAACAUCCGACCCCUGGAGCUAGAUGACCUUCGCAGAGCACAAGAGGAGAGGUCUGGGGAGCUCCACUCUCUCAGUAAGAAGAGCGAUGAUCACCAGCACUUCCCUGAGGAGAGCAGCAACCGCUUUUUCUCCGCGGUGUACGGCAUGGGCUUGAAGCGGUCGAGGGAGAAAGCCAACAAGAGCAAGGCGUUCGCUAGGAUGUGCUGGAAGAAUGCAGUUCUCAAGGUGCGUGCUCUGGGAGACCCCUGGGAGAAAUUCCAUCUGGACGCCUACAAGACGGAGAAAGCGCGUCGCCACCGCUACCACGCUCUGAGCCAGAAAUGGCACAUAGAUGAGGUCCUGGUCAAGAUGGAGGAUCAGCCUUUCAACAACGGGGCAAUGAGGCAGUGCUUCCGCAUGAAGAAACUGAGCAACUUCAGCCAUCAAGACGAUUGGGCGAGGGCACACAAUUACGUGGCAAAGAACUACAUGGACGAGAGUACCCGUAGGUCAACCUAUUUUGAGGAUGUGAAACUUCAGAUGGAUGCUAAACUCUGGGGUGAAGAAUUUAACCGGCACAACCCACCUAAAAAGGUGGACAUCUUUCAAAUGUCUGUGCUGGAGAUGUUCGAGAGGGAGGGAAGCCCCCUGUUCCACCUGGAGCACUUCAUUGAGGGGAAGUACGUCAAGUACAACUCCAACUCAGGCUUUGUGCGUUCUGAGGCUCUCAGGAUGACUCCCCAGGCCUUUUCACACUUCUCGUUCGAAAGAUCAGGCCACGAGUUGAUUGUGGUUGAUAUCCAGGGUGUUGGUGACCUGUACACAGAUCCCCAGAUUCAUACAGCAAAGGGUGAUGAUUACGGUGACGGAAAUCUCGGCACACGUGGCAUGGCCCUGUUCCUGCACUCGCACAGGUGCAACACCAUUUGCAAGAGCCUUGGCCUCACCCCCUUUGACCUGGCUCCCUCAGAAAUGAAGGCCAAUGAGAACAAGCUCAACCUGGAGUCGUGUAAGACCGUUGCUCGCGGGACAGAAGAGGUAGUGGUUACUCCAUCGGAAGAGGAAAAAGAGCACAUCCAGGAGUAUAUCCGCAUGAGAUCCCUGUCACAGGGUUAUGGAUCGGGGGACGAGAAGCCGAGGAUCAAGCUGAACUCCAUUAGCUCCAUCGACUCAUUGGAAAGCGAUGAUUUCCACAUCAUGUCAGAGAGUGAGGACUCGGCUGUGGAUUCUACACGUAGGGAACGCCGCGGCCCGGACGUGAGGCUGAGGUUUGACUCUACCUGCGACUCUGGGACAGAUACCAUGAACAAGGAGAAGGAGAUGCUGCAGUUCAAGGAGAUGGUGCAGCGAAAGGCCCGUCCAUCUCACGUGCUGGGGGAGAUGGAGCACAGGCGGUUGGUAGAGACACUGGAGGAGAACCACAACAAGACUGGUGGCUCCAUUCUUGGCCAGGUACAUUUGGACCUUGCAAAGUAUCAUGAACUUAGCAGGUUCGUCGAGGAAUCUGAAACAUAUGACCGCGAGGCAGCUAUCUUCCACGUGGAUCAAGCUGCCAAGUGCGGCAUCCUCGAGGCCAUCAAGACCAUGGCAAAUCUGCACUUGGGUCUCCAGCAUGAUAUUCUACCAGACAUUGAGCUUGAUGAAAACAGGCAAGAUGCUGAGGCUGGGUUCGAUUACCUGAUCACAGCAGCUGAAGCCAAUGAUCGUGCUGCUAUGAUUCAUGUUGCCAAGGCCUAUGAAACAGGUGUAGGACUCCCAUCCACCAGGGAAAGGGAUUGGGUCAAGGCUGUGUACUGGCUGGAGAAAGUGGUGAAUACAAACUCAGAGGAUGAGGAAGGUGAUUUCAACUCCACCCUGGAUGAUCCUUCAUAUCAACUAGUGGCAAAGGAAGCCAUGAUGUAUUGGUCUGGGGGCCAUGGCCUUGCAAAAGACCCAAAUAAAGCUGGAGAACUUUUCAGUUGGGCUGCAGAGCUUGCUACAGAAGCCAUGAAAGGCAAAUUGGCAUCCAAGUACUACAUGCAGGCUGAGGAGGCUUGGGCAGAGUGUGAAGUGGAAGAGUAAGGAGAAGAGGACUUCCAUACAUGAAGAAGUACUUCAAAAUGUAACUCGCAAAAAUGUGGACAAAUGAGUUACUGCCGUGGAGAAUUCUUCAGGUGCUAAAAUGCCAUGUGAUAGUGGGAUCACAGUAGACUAGAUUUUUUUCAUUACUUUUAGGGUUUUUACUUUGCGAAUACCUUUGGCACUAUGUUUACACCUUCCACUUCUUGAGGAAAAUGAGUGGAUUACACAGCUAUGGGGAAACGAUACUUUAUGUUGAAAGUCACGAGGGAUGUUUCACCCUCGUUUUCCUUUCAGAGGCCCCAUGGUUUCAUUUCCCAUUUUAUCCUAUCUCUUUUUGAUAUAGAAUCCCUGAAUGCUAGUCAUAUGUUAAGUGUUUUAUGUCUUUUUUUUUUUUGUACCCAGUGAUUUUGAAAUACAGUGAUAUCAAGGUGGCUUUUUAUUAUCAAGUUCAUAAUAGGUAGAUUGCAGUGUAACUCCCUUUCUUUCUUUCUUUUUUUUCCUUUUUUUGUUUUUCUUCUUUCUUUUCUUCUUCUUUUCCCUUUUUUUUUUUCUAUCUUUUUCAUAGUUUUCUGUUGUUUAGUUCUAAUUGUUUAUUAGUUUUAUAUCAUCUUUCCAUCAUUACUACAUAAUUCCAUUUUGUUUGGGUCAUUUCACGAGAGACUCGCUGUUUGUAUCUCAUAGAGCAGAUCAGUGUGAGCUCUCCCCUGUGCUACUACCUUUUGCUCAUUCCUUUCCUUCUCCACAUUUGUUAAGUGUGGAUGCAAUAUAAAUGUAAAAAAGAAAAAAAGAAAAUAUUUUUUGCUAUCAGAAUGACUACCAUAUUUGCAGGUGUUGGUAUCUCAUAAAAUAUGUAAUGUAUAUAGGUACACUUAGUUACAAAUGCCAGCAGAAUGUAGAAUGAGGCGGAAUGAUAUGAAUUCCUAUUGCCUUUGUAUUCCUUUAUUUUGUGCUUUGGUAAUGUUUAAGGAAUCAUGUAUUUUCCAUGAUUGUUAUUUUGGCAAAGAAGCUAAACCACGAAGGGAAAUAUCUGGACGUUUUAUAAUGCCGAGUUCCUUUUUGUACACUUCCACAUUAAGGAUAAGUCUUUCUAGGGUUACAUGACUGUGUCUUAUGGUAUUUUCCUUUUUUCCUCCUCUUUCAUGCAUCAUUUUAGUUUUACGUUUCAUUCUUUUUUGACAAAUGAUGUAAUCCAAGUAAUGAUUGUCUGUAUUUUGCUCUCAUCAGUGACAUUGUCAUCAUCAUUAUCAUCAUUUUACUCAUGUGUCCAUAACACUGCCAUUAGUUCAGUUCUAUCACUCCAGUUUUGACAAGUUUGUUUAUACAGUUUUAUUUGCUCAGAAUACAUACUUCUGAAGACCAGAUGGGUAGAAUUCUUAUGCCCCAUAUUAUUAGACACAUUUGAAUUUCUCAGCAGUCUUUAAAAGCUUCUCUUCACCCAUGAAACAACGGCAAGGAUAAGUCAAGACCCAGCAUCAGUUUUGGCAUUGCAUUUUUUGAUGCUAGGGAGACUGGUUUAUGCCAUGUGCCAUAGCUUGCAUGGGUCUCCCACAUGUAAACAUCUCAUUUUUAAUGAUGCUACAAGUAUAAAUAAUUUUUGCUAGAGGUGCCUGUUGCAUUGUGGGAAAUGGCACUCUUCAGUUUGAUGAUGACUUGUCAUUUUUUCUGUCCAUGGUUGUGAUGAACCACUCAUCAAGGUGAAUGUACUUAGGUGUGCUCUCUUUCACUGGCUAAUAUUUUUACUGAAUGUUUAUGUAAGUUCAAUUUGAUAACUUUAUAGACUUUAAGAUUGCAGUUACAAAUUACAUAUGGAAAUGCUAAUCCAAGUUGUAGUUAGCUGUAAAAAGGUGAAAAAUGCCGGUUUGAAAUUUUUCCUUUAAAAAUGACCAAUUAUUUUGUCUUUUUGUAAGUACUAUGUUUACUCCCUCUUUCUUAAGGGAAACAAAAAAAAACAAAAAACAGAAGUUGAAAUAUACAUGUCAGAAUCAUGUGAAUAGACAUGUAUGGAUUGUUCCUGUUGACAAUGUAUUGAAAUGGUAAAAAUUAUUUAAUAAUCAGUCUCAUUCUGUUGUCUUCCGAGUUAUGAUUUAAAGGUUGCUGCUCUUCUGAUGUUUGAAGGAAAAGAGUUUGUCAGGAAUAUGGAUGGCUUUUAUUUUUUGGCCUUUUGCUAUAUAAAGGGACAGGAAUUUAGUGGACUAUAUAUGUAGAUUACAUGUACUAUUUGUGGUGUAAGGUAAUAGCCAGUGCUAGCUGUUAUUUCUUUUCCUGUUGCCUGUGUUUUAUGUUGACGGAGCAAUUGUUCCAGCAACAGGAAUUGGCUGUAGCAGAAUGUACAGCAUUGCAAGGAUGUGCAUUUUUUAAGCAUCUGGGAUCACAUUGCAUUACAUGAGUCUAUUUUUAAAAAGCUGUUGCAUAUAUCUUGUUUACUGGCAUAGUUUAUGGUAAAAGAAGAACCUUAUUCUUCAGAUUUGAAUAAUGUAUUUAGUAUGGAUGAGAAACGGUUCUGGGUGUUUGCACAGUGUCGUAUCUUUUUUUUUUGUUCAUUAAUCUUGAUGGCAUCUAUAUAAUUUAUAUAGAUAACAUCUUCAGGUUCUCUUGUAUUGUAGCACAAGAGAUAGCAGAUACUGAUUUGUCCUUUAAUUCUGUUUAUUCUAAGAUUAGAUAAGUUUAUGAUGGUGGAAGGCCACUCUUAUGUACAAGUGGUUUUCCAAAAUGUAUUUAUAUCUGUGAUUGUAUUGUGAGGUCUGUUCCAUAUUAUUGUUUUGCCUCCCUUAUACUACAUAAAAGUACAAAUAAAAAGCAGUGCAUACAAGAA